ACCCGGCAGUUGUGAGUGCAGAUACAUUAACCUGUGGAGAAUGCAGGAAAAAUUUUAAACUUCAGGAUUUAGCAGUUUUUAUUCAGCACAAGGCCCUGAACUCGUGUAAGUAUGAGAAGACUGACGAACAGGAUGAAAAUGACGCAAAAUCUGAACCUUACGCAGCUCUGGGUAGUCCUAGUAUCACGGGGUCAGGUCAGGUCGAGGAGGAAUGCAGCGAACGGUCAGAGGACGCCAAGCGUCAUUUGUUUUCUGACGCAGAAACCAACACUGUUUCAUCUUCAGAACCUCGAGACUACACCUGCUCCUUCUGUCGUAGUAGCUCGGAGUCAGCCUGGGGUCUUGUACAGCAUGUGCAGAGUGUACAUGGAGUACAAAUAUAUUCAGAGUCGGGGUUAAACAGUACAAAACUAGAAAUCAAAGACGAGUUUGCUCUGCACAAAAAGUUAUCCUACCCUGCCUGCUUCCCUCCUAACUCUGGAAAUGGGAUUCAAAAUUUUCCAUCUUUUUAUCCUUCCCUCUCUCCUCAUCUUCUCAGGAAACCAUAUGAAAGCUCACUUUUCCAACAUAUGCUUCCACCAAACCUUCAUCCCUUGGUUAACCCAUAUCUAGGCCUGUCCUAUCCUUUCCUAAACAUCAACAAACCAAACAUGAAUACAUCAACACAAAAAGGAGGAUCUGAUCCGAAGUUUGGAGGAUACCUGAGUAGUCCACCCUCCUCCCAUCCUCUCUACCAACCUCAUUAUCCUGCAACCCCAACCCCCUCUUCUCCAAUUCCAACAGGAGAUAUAAGAUCAAGUAAACCACUGGAGAAGAGCUUAAACCCAUCUCCUGGAGUAAAAACCUCUGUAUCUCAAACGUCUCCUUCCUCCGGAUCCUUCUCCUCCAACUCAACCAACCUCUCCCUCUGCCUACCCUCGGACCCGGAGAAACCGGAUUCUGGAUCGGACGGAGGAAAGGAGGGAAGACCUUCAUCAACAGGUGCUAUUUCAUCUGGAAGUGUUGAUGAAGAUCUAAUUGAGACGGAUGAUCAGAUGGAUAUAACAGAUGAAGGUGAUGAUGUGGAAGAGGCUGAAGAUCUCUCUAUUAAACCCUGCCAGGAGCCUGGAAGCCCCACCAGCCAGGGGGAGAAUGUGAGCAGUAGUCCGAGCAGUAUGCUGGGUCUUCUAAUUAAUAAGUUCGGAUUCAGUAACAUUCAGGAAUACCAAGAAGCGUACAGAAAAGCAGUAAUGGAAUCUGGAAAUGAAAACAGGUUUAAAGAUCACUGGAAAGAAAACAACAAUAUAUCUGGUCCAGACUCUCCGUAUGCCCGGGAGCAGGAGAACCUGUUUGCUGGUCUCUGGGUUCCUGGAACUCCAUCUACUCCUCCACAAGUAGGACGGGGGAGAGGGAGAGGAGGACGUAGAUCCUCCCUGAAGGAUAUUACUCUACCUCCUCUACCUCCAGGUGUACAACUCCCCCUGAUGGAACCUAGUGCUAUUAAAGCUCUGGCUCAGAAAGGUCGACUAGACGCAAUUUUUGACCCUACGGCUAGGAAAGAGAUCAUUUCUCGAGGUAGAAACGAUACAUGCGAGUACUGCGGAAAAGUAUUUAAGAAUUGUUCUAAUCUGACAGUACACAGAAGAUCCCACACUGGAGAGAAACCAUAUAAAUGUGAACUAUGUCCCUACAGCUGUGCACAAAGCAGUAAACUAACAAGACACAUGAAAACCCACGGAAAAAUGGGAAACAAUGCGUUCAAAUGUCGCUUUUGCGAUAUGCCGUUCAGUGUAGCCAGCACCUUGGAGAAACACAUGCGGAAGUGCAUUGUCCACCAGAAGCAGUCUAGUGCCUUAAAUUUAGCAAAAGAUUCAUCUUAGACUUUUAAUAUUUAGAUCAUUUAAACUUUAUACAGUUUUCUUUCUAACACAGUCUCUCUACAAAUCUAGUUUUAACCCAAUUGUCCCAAAAAAUAGUGUGAUAAAUAUGUAACAAAAAUUGACCCAGCAUUUUUGACAAAUUUUAUGGAUUAAGAAGAGUAGGUAAAUAUUUGAACCUGGUAAACCAUCCUAGUCCUAAACAAUAUACAUAUAUCUAACCCUAAUAUUAACCUUACUCAUCAACUUCUUGCAUUUAAACAUUAUUUACCCAAACACAUUUUGUAAAAGCAAAUUGAGAUUUUUUAAACAGCAUUUCUGAAACUUGUUGCAUUUUGUAUUCAAUGUAUAUAUAUUUUAAUCUGCUCUUAUAUGUAAACACAGUAAAUCUCUGUCCCCUAGUCCUUUGUCCUUUAUUCUAUCUAAUUUAUUUUAAACUUCUGUUUUCAUCAUGAUGACUCACUUAUCUUGAAUUGAUUUGAUAAGAUAAAACAAAUACACGACUUAUUUUUUUCAAAAUAUACUUAAUAACUUUUUAUACUAACAUGCAAAAAAAACAGCCUUCUACUUAAUGGAUAUAAUUGGUGAUAAAUAUUUCAUUUCCCAUGACUUUCCAAAUACUUCUUUCUUGUCUUGUAUGAAUUACACAAUAACUAUUUAUAACUCUGUUAUUUUGGUUCGCAGUGUUAUAAAGUUUUUGGACAGAAAUUUUCUCUUUAUCGAGAAAGUAUAAGCCUUUUUGGAUUUAAUAGCACGUCGUGCCAAAAUAAUAGUGUCAUAGGUAAUUUCAUGAAACGUUUGUGUACGUGUCUUAU